GACAAACAUUAAUUCUUUAAAUUACUGCGUUUUAAUUUUUAAAUAGUACUGGUAAUGUAUUUUAUUGAACGUCAAAUAAGUGUUUGGACGAACUCGUAACGUAAACACAGUAGCUCUACCUUCUUCCAAACAAACAACGAGAUGAGGAUAGCAGUAGAAGGGUGUAUGCAUGGAGACUUGGAUAAUGUCUACGCCACCUUAUUGCAUUUGCAAGAAGUUCAGAAUAUAAAGAUUGAUCUCCUUUUAUGCUGCGGUGACUUUCAGGCUGUUAGGAAUGUGAAGGAUCUGGAAAGCUUAAAUGUGCCACCUAAAUACCGGAGCAUGAACUCUUUCUGGAAGUAUUACUCAGGAGAGAAAGUAGCACCAUUUCCUACUGUAUUUAUCGGAGGAAACCACGAAGCAUCCAAUUACCUUUGGGAACUGUACUAUGGAGGAUGGGCAGCACCUCAGAUAUACUUCCUUGGAUUUGCUGGAGUAAUCAAGUUUGGCAACAUUCGUAUUGGUGGCCUUUCUGGAAUUUAUAAAUCACACCAUUACAAUCAGGGGCACUAUGAGAAGCUGCCUUAUAGUCAACGGGAUAUUCGAUCGAUAUAUCAUGUUCGUGAGUAUGAUGUCCACAAGCUCUUGCAAAUUGAGGAACCAGUUGAUAUCUUUCUUUCACAUGACUGGCCUGUUGGCAUCACUGACUGUGGGGACUUGAAAGCUCUUCUUCGUCAAAAACCUUUUUUUGAGCAAGAGAUAAAGGAUAGAACUCUGGGAAGCAAACCUGCUGCAGAAUUACUGGGAAAGUUGAGGCCUUCUUACUGGUUUUCUGCACAUCUGCACUGCAAAUUUUCUGCUUUAGUUCAGCAUGAGAAGGAUGGUCCUUCCACAAAGUUUCUUGCCCUCGAUAAGUGCCUCCCUGGUAGAAAGUUUUUGCAGGUUAUUGAAAUUGAGUCCGGACCAGGACCUCAUGAACUUCAACUUGAUGAAGAAUGGUUGGCUAUUACAAGAAAGUAUAAUGCUGCCUUGCCCUUGACAAUCAGGAGUGUGAACUAUAAUAAUGUACAUCUUGACAUAGAACAGUGCCGCCAGUUUGUAAGAAAUAAGCUGCGGACAAGAGGAUCCAAGCCGUUUGAAUUUGUUCAGACCGCACCAUGCUACAAUCCUUCUCAACCUGUUGCCAAUGGUGUAUUCCAUGGUUUCUAUAAAAACCCUCAGACAGAAGCUCUUUUGCAGUUCCUGGAACUUGAGUAUCUUCUUAAUAAAAUGCCAGAAUCAAGCGAGCCUGCUGUUCCUCUGAUUACGAUAGUGAAGAUAUACCCAUAGAUGAUGUGGAUGGUAUGGAGGAUUUCAAAGAGAUUGACCCAGAAGAUGCUUAAGAAGGAUUAAUCUUAAGCUCAGAUCUUGGUACUUAUUUUUUGUUGGUUCCUUAUAACAGUCAUGAUUAAUUUCUGCCUGACAAUAAAUUUUUGUAAAAGGCUGUUCCCAAAGAAUUGCCGCUAUAAAGGGUAAAUGAAAGCUGCGGUUUUAAUGGGCAGCUUCACUUCACAGAAUUGUUUUGACAUUUGAAACGCUGCCCCUUUUCCGUUAUUUUUGUCCAUUUUUAGACCUUAGUAUCUUUUACUUGCUCUCACCUUGCUAUGCCGAACCUUCAAUGGGUAGGUGGUGCUUAAGCCUUUGUGGGAGUUGAUAACUAAUUUCAUCACCUUUGUCUGGAUCACUAAAUCUUUACUGGUAUUUGAACUAUUGCUGGUUUAAUAUCGAUGGUGGAAUGUUAUGAUUUUCUUA